AUGGAUCAUUGGACAGACAGCGUGGAAAGCGCCAUCAGCGCUGUUCAGCAGGCGAUGAGCCACCCUGGCCUCUCCUCGGAAUGGACCAGCAUUUUGUGUGCCAAACUUCGGAGGCCAUCUGAGCUCUGUCCUGAUGUUCGCAGGGUGCUUGAGAAGAAUGGCUGGUCUCGCAGCCAGUUCCGAAGUCCGCCUGUGCGAGAGCUGCUGCUCAGGGACUUGCGGGACCUGGCACAGUCCGAUCAUGGGCCGCCAACCAGGAUCGACGACGAGCGCCGCUUUGAUCGUCAGUAUGUCAUUGAGGAGAAAGAGAAACCGGUGGGUGAAGGUACCUAUGGUGCAGUGCACCGUGCCUUCUGCAACCGUUUGCAAAAAACGGUUGCGAUAAAGCGUGUCAAGAUGGAGCACGAAGAUGAGGGAAUGCCGAGCACGGCUAUUCGCGAAGUCGCCGUGCUAAAGGCUGCUGAUCAUCCGAACGUUGUGAAACUGUUGGAUGUUGCCUGUAGUCCGGGGCGACUACACCUGGUUUUUGAGUUCGUGGAUGCGAACUUGAAGCAGUACAUGAAGAAGUUUGGGCUGCGGCUGGAGCCAGAAGUCGUGCGGUCCCUUCAGAAGCAGCUGAUGAACGGCAUUGACUACUGCCACGCUCGCAGGAUUAUCCACCGGGAUCUCAAGCCUCAGAACAUCUUGGUUGAUGGUGAGGAUCACCUUAAGAUUGCCGACUUUGGCAUGGCACGUGCCUUUAAUCUUCCACUGCCGAAGUACACGCAUGAGGUGGUAACGACAUGGUAUCGCUCCCCUGAGAUACUGUUUGGAUGUGAAGAGUACUCGCUAGGCGUGGAUGUCUGGAGUGCUGGAUGCAUCCUUGGCGAAAUGGCAACUGGUGCCGCACUCUUCCAUGGAGACAGCGAAAUCGACACUAUCUUCCAGAUCUUCCGAAAGCUCGGAACGCCAACGGAGGCUGAUUGGCCUGGGCUCUCGAGCCUUCCAGACUUCAAGCCGACAUUCCCUCAGUGGAGGCGUCGGCCUUGGACCGAGAUUCGGAAUAUCGCAUCGCAGCUUGGUUCUGCUGGCGUGCGGCUUCUGGAUUCAAUGUUGCGAUAUGACCCCGCAUGCCGUGUUUCUGCGAAGCAGACACUCCAGCAUGAGUACUUCAUGGUGGACUCCGACACGAUGGAUGCCAUCAUGGCAGACUGA